GGUUCCCCGUCCAUUCUUCCCACUUCCCAUAAUUCAUUCAUGCAUCAAACAAUAAUUGCCAGCUCUCUCUGUUUUUCCUUUCCCCAUAAAAUGAAGCCCCAAUGAAUCAACCACCACAAGAAUAACAAGGAAACUAACAGAAUGGUGUCGACAUCUCAGAAGAAAAGCCUGCACUCUCUAAUGGCAGCUAACCUGAGCAAGCUCACCAUACCUUGUUCUUCAUCAUCACCACCUCCAAACAAUGAACAGGAUUUCGACUUUAACCAUGUAUUCGGGCACCACCACGACGAACCCUCAGCUGCAAUGAGUCCGCACGUGAUCCACAGCAGGUCCCACUCCUUUGUGGGCCCCUCCCCUCGCGUGGCCCCACCCUCCAACCCCAUCCUCUCCUUCGUCAACGAACUCUCCUCUCAGAGCGAGGGAGAAGAAUCCGAACAAGUGCCUCUCAAUGUCAUCGAAGAAGAGAAAGUGAGCCCUCGAAUUGGGCCUGCGGAUUUCGAGAUUUUGAGGGUUGUUGGUCAGGGUUCAUUUGGGAAGGUGUUUCUUGUACGGAAGAAGAAGAAGCAGCAGCAUCAAAAGAAAGGGGGCGAAGAAGAGUGCUGUGAAGAUGGUGUGUUUGCGAUGAAGGUGAUGAGGAAGGAGACCAUCAUCAAGAAGAACCAUGUGGAUUACAUGAAAGCUGAGAGGGAUAUUCUCACUAAAGUUGUUCAUCCUUUCAUUGUUCAACUUCGCUACUCUUUCCAGACUAAAUCUAAGUUGUAUUUGAUUUUGGACUUCAUAAAUGGAGGGCAUCUCUUCUUUCAUCUCUAUCGACAGGGCAUCUUCAGUGAGGAUCAGGCAAGGAUUUACACUGCUGAGAUAGUAUCUGCUGUUUCACAUCUUCACAAGAAUGGCAUCGUGCACCGGGAUCUUAAACCUGAGAACAUACUUAUGGAUGGUGAUGGGCAUGUGAUGCUAACUGAUUUCGGAUUGUCGAAAGAGAUUGACGAAUCAGGAAGAUCCAACUCUAUGUGUGGGACCAUGGAAUAUAUGGCUCCGGAAAUCAUACUGGCCAAAGGCCAUAAUAAGGAUGCAGAUUGGUGGAGCAUUGGUAUUUUGUUGUAUGAGAUGCUAACAGGGAAGGCACCAUUCACACACACGAACAAAAAGAAGCUUCAGGAGAAGAUUAUUAAAGAGAAAGUUAAACUUCCACCAACGGUUUCCACAGAAGCUCAUUCUUUGCUCAAAGGGUUGCUGCAAAAGGAUCCAUCAACAAGGUUAGGCAACGGGCCAAAUGGAGAUGAACAGAUCAAAAGUCACAAAUGGUUUCGACCAAUCAAUUGGAAGAAAUUGGAGGCGAGAGAACUCAAACCUAAGUUCAAACCAGAUGUCUCCGGUAAAGAAUGUACAGCUAACUUUGACCAAUGCUGGACGGCAAUGCCUCCAGAUGACUCACCAGCUUCCACUCCCACGGCCGGUGACCAUUUCCAUGGCUACACGUAUGUCGCACCAAACCCUUGGCUUUCAUCCAAAUAGACUGAACUGCCAAAGGCGGUCAUACCGGAGAGGAUGUGUAUUAUAUGGAAUGGAUGUAUAAAAAAUAAAGCAGUAAAGCGUUAGUGACUAUAACCCAAUUCUUCCCCUGAUUCUUAGUUGAUGCGGUAUCAUUGUAACCAAGGGUUCUCUGUGAAUGCAAAGACAAAUAGCAUACAUAUAGAGAAUAUUUACUGGAUGAGAUGGCACAGUAGUCUUCUUCCUUACCUCCCUAUAAAACAACAAA